GGCGACAGGGACGAGUUGACUUUAAAAAUGGAAAAGAUUCACCGCCCAGUAAUCGAUUACCGAGUGCUUCUCAAAAUGCUCAAACUAUUCGGAAUAUUUUCAAUCGAAUGGGUUUCGAUGAUCGUGAAAUUGUUGCUUUGAUUGGUGCUCAUUCUUUGGGUCGGUGUCACAAAGAUCGAAGCAAUUUCGAAGGACCGUGGACAUUAACACCGACCACAUUUUCAAAUGAGUUUUUCCGUGGUUUAUUGGAAGACACAUGGCAAGAACGUAAUUGGCAAGGUCCAACACAGUUCGAAGAUGUGCAAACAAAAUCUUUAUUAAGGUUACCAUCCGAUAUUAUACUAACUGAAGAUCCUCAAUUUAAAAUUUAUGUGAUAGAAUAUGCCAACAAUGGAAGUCAGUUUGCCACAGAUUUUGCAAAUGCUUUCGAGAAAUUAUUGGACUUGGGAGUGGAAUUUUCAGGAACAUAUUGA